AUUGAAGCGGAUAUUCGGGAUGUCACAUGAAUAAAGCUGCAAGUUGUCGGCAAAAAUAUGGUGAAGACCGUCCAAGACUUCCUUACACAUAGCCGAUAAGCUGAGCAACCACCAUGUGGUGGAGACAUCUACCGGUUCUCUUCGGCACUGCAGGGUUCAUCGCCCUCGCCGUGGGCACGGGAACUGCUGUCUGGGCCUCAGCUGACUUUGACGAGUACGGUGACGCCGUGCACGCGAAGGAUGAGGUUCUGUACGUCACACGUGGUCUGUGGAGUGUGUGUUAUUCAGCGUUUGGACUGACGGAAUGUGAACACCUAGAAGCAGAAAAUAUCGCAGCCCAGGACCACGCCGUGCGUUUGUUUGUGCUGAUUGGUACGUUGUUAGCGGCCGGUGGUCUCGGCUUGGAGUUUUACUACAUCCGGAGGCACAAGAUGGGCGAGGCCGUGCCUGUUGUUGUGAAAUAUGUCAGCGGCAUCUUUACUAUUACUGCAGCGGUCUGCACGUUAAUAGGAACCCUCAUUUACACAGCAACAGGACCGAAGGGCUGGAACAUCAACGAUCAUAUCCAGUUUUCCGGAACGGUGUUCGACGGAUCCAAGUGGAAUUUCGGCUACUCUGUGUUCCUGGCCUGGGCGUCUGUAGUACCGUUACUGGUCGCAGGGUGCGCUCUCUUGUACCAGGCCCGGACUCUCAACAAAGAUGUCAGCAAUGAAUUUGGAAUUAAGAUGGAAAACUUUGACACACAUCACGAUAUGCAUACCAUUGAAUAG